AUGGGUGGCAUGUACAGUCAACGUAAUAAAUUGUAUAUUGUGGAAUGGGCUGCAAAAGAUCCAUAUGGAUUCCUUACAACAGUGAUCCUUGCUCUAACACCUCUAUUCUUGGCAAGUGCGGUGCUAUCAUGGAAACUGGCAAAAAUGAUUGAAGCUAAGGAACGGGAACAAAAAAAGAAACAAAAAUGCCAAGAAAACAUUACAAAAGCUAAACGAAUAAAGAAGGACUAA